CAAUUUCAUGCAAAAGAUGAAAUAACAUCACCUGUGGAAGGUGAAUAAUCAAGAAUUCUUUGGUGCAAUUUAGUGCUAUAAUUUUGAAUAUGAUGUCAAACAUAUGUAAUCCAAUACUGUUCUUGCCUCUUUUUCAAGGGAUAUCAUCUAUGACACAUUGUUUGGUGUAUGAGUCCUCUAUUGUGGGGUCAUAAUCAGUUACAAAAUAGCUCUGAAAACAACAGAAUACUUAGGU